UUCACAGAGGCCAGAACUGUGAGCACAUUGUAUUGGAAGCCUCUUUGGGAGCAGGAUCGGAUCCAGAGAUUCUCGCUAUGGAGACUCCUCAAGACAGCCGCCAACCUUUCCAAAGGCCUCGGAGUCUGGGAGCUGAGAAGGAUCAGGAACAACAGCAUGGUGGGAAUGCGGUGGUCUCCGGGGCUGGAGAGGAAGGAGGAGACAAGAAAGGGCUUGUGCUGAGCGUGCUUGCUCAGGGUGGGCUUGAUCAGGGUGAACGCACUGAGCACGAGGUCGCUGGAAGCAAGCGUGUUCAAGAAGAGCCUGCUCAGUCCAGUCUCCCUCUGGAAGCCGCAGGAGUAGGAGAGGAGGGAGGAAAGAAGGAAGAAGAAAUGGAAGGAAGGCAUGAUGGCGAUGGGGCUUCUAUCUCCGAGGAUGAUGUGAUUGAGCAAGAAGGUGUCCAAAGCAGGAGCGAUCACCAACAGCCUCAGGGAGAGGCAGCCAUUCCUGAGGGCAGCAGAAAUCAAGCAGCUGGGAUCAGGCUGGCUCACCACCGAAACUGCCCCACUAUCUUCACCCACUCUCAGCUGCGUGACCUGGAGCGCCUCUUCCAAGAAUCUCACUAUCCCUCCUUUCGAGUAAGGAGAGAUCUUGCAUGCAGCAUGGGUGUGGAUGAAUGUGCUGUGCACAAUUGGUUUCGAAUGAGGAGAUACCUUUCCAAGCACAACAGGAGAUGA